UCCCCACUAUAAAGCUCUGGAUGUUCAAAUUGUGUACCCCAAAUUCUACCGAGCAGCCAUAUUCUUCUGUAUGUUGCAUUCGUUUUCAUGGUAAUCCAUGGCAUAUCUUUCUGCCAUUUCAAGAAGGCUCUGCAGAAACUAUCCAUCGCCAUUCCAUCGACUCCUUCAGCUCAUCCAUUUCCACAUCCCCGACUCGCCCUCUCAGGCAUUUCAUCGAACACUUCUCCUGCCUUCUCUGUCCGCUCGUAGAUUCUCAGCCCCUCCAUUUUUCUCCCAAAAACUUGACCACCCACUUCGAGGAAGAUUCCGAAACCACCAUCCAGACGAAACGCGUAGUAGCCAAUUCUUCGAAUUGGUCAAACGGGCCGCCCGUUCACCCUCGGAAGAAGAGGCUAUUACUGCAUUGGAGGAGGUUGAAAUCCAGGCAGAUCCGGAUUUGGUGAAUUCGGCAAUUUGGGUGUUGAGGGAUGAUUGGAAACAGUCGUUUCUGGCCUUCAAAUGGGGUGAGAAAUGGGGCUCUGUUGAUGGAAGUUCUUGUAACUUGAUGAUCUGGGUGUUGGGAAACCAUAAGAAAUUCGGUACUGCUUGGUGUUUGAUUAGAGAAUUCCUGGGUUCCUUGAUUGAUGCUAGGCAAGCAAUGCUUAUCAUGAUUGAUAGGUAUGCAUAUGCAAACGAGGCAAGUAAGGCCAUUAAGACAUUCCAUAUGAUGGAGAAGUUCAGAUUGACUCCGGAUCGAGAGGCAUUCCAUGCCCUGCUCGAUUCCCUCUGUAAAUACGGGAACAUCGAAGAGGCCGAAGAGUUUAUGCUUGUGAACAAGAAGCUUUUUCCCUUGGAGACAGAAAGCUUUAACAUUAUUCUUAAUGGUUGGUGCAAUGUAUCUGUUGAUGUGUUUGAAGCAAAGAGAAUCUGGAGAGAAAUGUCUAAAUGUUGUAUUGUGCCAGAUUCAGCUUCUUACACCCACAUGAUUUCCUGUUUUUCGAAAACUGGCAACCUUUUCGACUCGCUUAGACUCUAUGAUGAGAUGAAGAAAAGGAAUUGGGUUCCAAGCCUUGAAGUCUAUAACUCUUUAGCCUAUGUGCUGACCAGGGAGAAUUGUUUCAGUGAAGCUCUCAAAAUCCUUGAGAAAGUAAAGGAAGUAGGUUUGCAACCGGACUCCACUUCGUACAACUCGCUUAUACGUCCUCUGUGCGAGGCGGGAAAGCUCGAUGAAGCAAGAGAUGUACUGACCAUGAUGAUGGAGGAGAGAAUCGGUCCAACGACCGAAACCUACCAUUCUUUUAUUCAGGGUGCAGGUUUCGAAAGGGGCUUUGAACUUCUCAAGCAGAUGAGCAAAGAUGGUUUAGGUCCUUCUGAGGCUACCUUUGUUAUAAUGCUUAACAAGUCAUUUGAAUCAGAGCAACCAGACUAUGCAUUGAAAACAUGGGAAGUAAUGAAGCGAUACGACGUAUCACCUGAUUCUGAACAUUACUCAGUCUUGAUACAAGGCCUAGCGACGUGUGGUCAGUUAACACAGGCCAGAGAAUUCUAUGACGAAAUGAUAUCCCGCGGAUUUAUCGCGCAUCCAAAGAUUAAACUGCUCCUGAAGGAACCAGAGGUAGAUAGCAUUGAAGAAGCAAGGCAGCAAGUGGUGAGACAGAAGAAGAAAGGUAAGAUUUUUCAUCAUAAAAAAGGGAGUAUGAUGAGAUUGAAAUCUCACAAAAAACAACCUAGAGAAGAUGCAUCAUUUGAAUAGUUAAUUUACCUGUAUAUAUGUGCACUUUAGUAGAUUUUUCUAUUUAAUGAUAUUAUUUAUUCCGAUAGUACUACUGUAUAUGAGCUAUUUAUCUACCUGAUUUUCAUUUGAUAGGA